AUGGGAACAGAAGCAGCGCCUGAUUUGCACUCGAAGAUUAGCAACCGAGAUGUCAUCACCGAAUUGGCAGGCCUUGUUAGACGCUUCCGAAAAGGAGACUUCAACUACAGCUACUACCGCCCGCUUGUGAGACUCGCCAUUCAAGAGGCGUCCGACUUGGAGAUCUGGAGCGCCGUGCUUGAUCUCAUCGGCACGGUCACCCGAGCGACGCCUCCUGAAAGUAUCCCGGCCACGUUCGACAAUACGCCCAUUACCCAUUCCUCCGCUUCCCAGCAAGGCACCGAACAGACACGAGAGGUGGUGGAAAGAAAGGUAUUUGAGGAGAUCAGAUUUUGCACAUACCGCGACGUGGAAGGAUUCUUUGAGAAAUACUUCGAGGGGAGAACUUGGACAAGCCAUGCCUUGGGCAUCUAUGAGGCGAUGAAGGACCAACACGUCGAUGGCGCGUGGACCGGCCUUCCGAAUCCGCCCGUGCAAGAUGGAGUUCUGGACUGGUGGUUCCGAUUCCAGGAUGUCUUCCUCUCGGAGAAACGACGCCGCUACUAUUCGACCACGAACCCGAAGGAUCUUGUCGGUGCCGAAGCUCAGCGACAGAUCGAUCUCUUUGUCAAGCGAAAGAAUGGGCAGCCGCCAGAUGCCGCGCACGACUGGAGUGAUGUCGAAAUCGGCCGAUACGUGCGAGAUGUUUUCUCCUGCCAGCCGACACGUCGUCCUGGCGCGUUCGAUAUCCAUGACAAGCCCAAACGGUUCAUACAGGUGAUCGCCGGCUACGCAAUGAUGAAUGACGAAGAACUGGGGUUGGACAGAUUUACAGAGCUGGAUGGCAACAGUCGCUUGAUACACGUUGACCAAGACGGGGCUUCAGCCAGGAAGAGGCUGCGGUUGGAGUCGCAACCUUUCACCCGUCAACGGGCAGUCGUCUGCCGUGGGACGUCUUGCUAUCUCACGAAGCCUCCGGACUCCGAGGAUUGGAGUUAUGUCGUGAAGUUCUCGUGGACGUCCGACAGGCGAAAGCCAGAGGCAGACCUUCUCAGAUUGGCCCGUCAGAGAGGAGUCGAGGGUCUUCCACGCACUACGUCGACCGUUUCGCAGUCCUUCUCCCGGUCUCAGCCUCCCAGUGCCCUUUCUCGAAAGCGCAAGUCGAGCCAAAGGCAAAACGAGGUUGCGUACGAUGUGGAAGGAGCCCAAGGGACGAGCCUACUCGCUUCCAACAAUGGACCCUAUGAUAAUCGAGUCUUUCGAUGUCUAGUGAUCUCCCCAGCUGGCCGGGCGAUCCACAAGUACGAAACGAAAUCGGAGCUUCUAGGGGCGCUUCGCGAUGCCAUCAAGGCACACAGGUCCCUACACCUCAAAGGCAACAUCCUGCACCGGGACAUUUCCGAGAACAACAUAAUCAUAACCGACCGCAAAACGACUGGCCACAUGGGCAUGCUGAUCGACCUGGACCUUGCCAAGGAGCUGGGCAGCGGGCGCAGCGGGGCGCGCUGUCGCACUGGGACGAUGGAGUUCAUGGCAGUUGAGGUCCUGCAAGGGAUCUCUCACACCUACCGGCAUGAUCUAGAGUCGUUCUUCUAUGUGCUCCUCUGGCUCUAUCGAGAGAUUGCGAGCGCCAAACGAGGGGAAUUGCGGGGGAUCUUGUUCCCUUACAGGGACGGGCUCUUUGUCGGGACACCGAAGGAUCCGGAGAUUCUCUAUGGGCCAAUCAUCAAAGCAUUUGACAAGGCUAUUGAUGAGAUCAAGGCGAUGGAAGUAUAA